AUGCUCGCACAUAUCACUCUUAAGAUCUGUCUGCUCCUCUGGAUUUCAUCCAAAAGGGCUCAUGGCCAGUCGGUUUGCUCUAGCUGCGAGUCAACCAAUGGACAAUAUGCCUGUGUUAGCGAGACUGCCUACGGCUUUUGCUUCAAUCAGGGAACAGUGUAUAAGGAUACUGUUCAAAGCUGCGAGGAAGGAUACUACUGCGUCCUAGAGGGCUUCUGCGCCGCAAUGGAUUCAGCGGAACCGGCCUGUGUGCCAGAAGAUUCGACAACCACAACGGUUAUUUCUACAGAUUCAUCGACUGAUUCGAGUACAGUGGAGACUACAGUCGAUUCUACGACUCCUGAUUCAACGACAGACUCUACGAUUCCUGAUUCCACAAGCCAAUCUACGACUCCUGAUUUAACAACUGACUCUACAAUUCCUGAUUCCACGACAGAGACUACAAUUCCUGAUUCAACUACAGAUUCUACUAUACCGGAUACAACGACAGAGUCUACAAUUCCGGAUACAUCGACAGAGUCUACAGUUUCUGAUUCAACGAUAGAAUCGACUACGAAUGAAACUACUGAAACAACUGAUUCAACAACAGAGUCUACAAUUUCCGAUUCAACUACAGAGAUUAUAAUUUCUGAUUCAACGACAGAGACUACAAUUCCUGAUUCAACGACAGAGUCUACAAUCCCGGAUACAACGACAGAGUCUACAAUCCCUGAUUCAACGACAGAGUCUACAAUUCCUGAUACAACGGCAGAUUCUACAAUCCCUGAUUCAACCACAGAGUCUACAAUUCCUGAUACAACGACAGAUUCUACAAUCCCUGAUACAACGACAGAGUCUACAAUCCCUGAUUCAACGACAGAGUCUACAAUUCCUGAUACAACGGCAGAUUCUACAAUCCCUGAUUCAACCACAGAGUCUACAAUCCCUGAUACAACGACAGAUUCUACAAUCCCUGAUACAACGGCAGAUUCUACAAUCCCUGAUUCAACCACAGAGUCAGCAAUUCCCGAUUCAACGACAGAUUCCACAAUUCCUGAUUCAACAACUGAUUUAAGUACUUCGCAAGCUACAGAGUCGACAACUGAGAUUACUACAGAUUUAUCUACUGAUUCGAGUACAGAUUCGACAACCACAACGGAUACUACUACAGACUCUUCCACCGCUACACCGCUGAGCACAACUACAGUCUCAUCAGAUGUGGACGCCAACCAAUACUGUUCUCAGUUGGGGACCAAAGGCUACUUUCGAGUUGAGACAGAUACAACCUGCCAAAAGUAUGUGUACUGCUACAAAUUGUCCAAGGAUUACCUAGGUUGGCUAUAUUAUUGCGACAUAGGCAAAUACUACAACUCGGAUACAGAGUCCUGUCAAUUGGAAAGACCAUCAAACUGCUAA